CAGCCACAAGCAGAGGGGAAGUCUUUGGUCUGACACUGGCAGAACAAAGUCGUUCCAAUUUUUUUUCUUGUUCUUGUACAAGCUCGUGGUUGAGACUCCAGUCGUCACGACACACAGGCAUUAUUAUACAAGCCUUCGAGGUUGUAAGUAGCAGGAAGCUACUUCCGUUUCAUUGCGUCACGGAUUACCUUCUGUAUCCCUUCUGUUUCAUAAGCUGAGGCGUGAGAGGAGGAGCGUCGCUGCAGACCGACGACGUCACUCUCAGUAUUCCACAUAAUAAACUGCCAAGCAGAAUGGUUUCCGUGACUCUAGUCCAGACUGCUGGUGUGAAGGACCUGGCGGUUGCAGCUCCCAGCAACCUCGGUUCUACGCCAGCAUCAUCAGCCACCCUACACAGCCUUUCAUGGGGAAACCGGUCAUUUUGGAACACAGGAAAGCAAGCUAUCGGCAGCAAGCAAACCGUCCGUGCCUCGUUAGGUCGCGCAGAUUCCUCGCGUUCUCAACCGCAAGCUGUCCUUGAUGUGCCAACCGGACAAUCCGGAGCCUUCCAGGGCUUUCAAAACAAGCUUGUGAUUCCCGGCCAGAGGAAAUCGGACGUUGAUUAUGUAUCUGCCGAGCAGAGAAUAUUUGACGUCGUUGUCCAGGAGGCUGCAAACACCUACAUUUCCAAGCCAUUGGCUGAGGAAGAAACGCCAGUUUUGAUGACGCCGGAGCUGUUGACAGAGGCUUAUGAGCGUUGUGGAGAAGUUUGUGCUGAGUACGCCAAGACAUUUUAUCUUGGGACGAAACUGAUGACUCCUGAGAGGCGCCGAGCAAUCUGGGCCAUUUAUGUCUGGUGCAGGCGAACCGACGAGCUGGUGGACGGUCCGAACGCGUCUCACAUCACCCCGAGGGCUCUAGACAGAUGGGAGGAGCGCCUAGACGAGCUCUUCAACGGCCGGCCGUACGACAUGCUGGAUGCUGCUCUCGCAGACACCAUCCAGACCUUCCCCAUGAGCAUUCAGCCAUACAGGGACAUGGUCGAUGGCAUGCGCAUGGACCUGAGGAAGUCUCGGUACCGCACGUUUGACGAGCUCUACGUGUACUGCUACAACGUGGCCGGCACUGUGGGCCUUAUGAGCGUGCCUGUCAUGGGGAUCGAUCCCAAAUCGACAGCGCCUGUAGCGGAUGUGUACAAGGCUGCUCUAGACCUUGGCAUUGCCAACCAGCUCACCAACAUCCUGCGAGACGUUGGAGAAGAUGCUCAGAGGGGUCGGGUGUACCUUCCCCAGGACGAGCUGGCCCAGUUUGGCCUGUCUGACGAUGACAUCUUUGAGGGCAAGGUGACAGACAAGUGGCGCAGCUUCAUGAAGUUCCAGAUCGAGCGCGCCCGCAACUACUUCAAGACAGCAGAAGCGGGGGUGUAUGAGCUCGACAGCCAAAGCAGAUGGCCGGUGUGGGCCUCCUUGCGACUCUAUGCCCAAAUCCUUGAUGCGAUUGAAGCCAAUGAUUAUGACAAUUUCACCCGGCGAGCGUACGUCUCAAAGUGGAAGAAGAUGAUGUCGCUUCCAGGCACCUACAUUGUUGCCACAAAGGGUCCACAACCCAAGUAGUCUGUCCACAAUUCAAAGUGCCACAUUCUGCACCUAUGGCCUCAGAUUCUAUUGUUGCUACUUCCGUUUCCUAUCCAUUAUCUCUUGCCUUGAACCAAGGAAUUGUUUAUCCCAUGCUUGAAUACAGCAUGAUCAGGCUG